GGUAACUUCAUGAAAAAACACAUUAGUCAAAAGAGCAAAUUGUACAUAAUUUAGCAAAUGUAUAUAAUUUACCUCCUUCAAGAACUGGGUGACAUCAUAAACAUCAUUGUUGAUCACAAUCCAGGUGCUUUUACUGUCGUUGUGUUUUUCGAUUUCCUUGAAGGAAUAUUGUUCAAUUGCUUUGGCCAUCUUCUGAAGAUAGAUCCGCUAAAGUUGCAAACAAAAAUAUAGGAUUAGGAUGAAAAUUAAUGUUGAUAGGAAUUUACCUUUCCCUUCUUGGCUUCCCUUUAACUUUCAGUUUAUUUUGAUUUUAAUGGAAAUUUUACUACUCUAUGCUAAGCAAAAACCUAAAUGGGAUGGUCAAGAAGUCAAGACCAAGGUCAAGACUCAUCAAGGAAAAGAAACAAGAAACCGUCAACCACAACAAAUCGACAGUGGCCAGUAAUGUCAGUUGCCAGUUAUUUUCAGGUCAAAAUGUUUUCACUUGUAUUUGUAACUGCUAGAUCUGCUCCGAGCAGAUACGAAAUACGAAGCCCGAUUCGAAGCUGCGUUUUCGUGAAAGUUUUUAACGCCGCACCACUGUUUUUCUCAGAAGAGUCUAGAUGUGCUCGGAGCUGCUCUAAUAGGUAAAAAUGAAAAGCUCCUGACUCCAUCCGAACAGCACCUUCGAAGGUCGAGUUCGGGAAUCACUUAAUAGUCCAUUAACACGCUGAAAGAGAGAGAUAGAUAUAACCCCUAGAAUAAUGCUUUCCAAUUUUCCGUAUGCUGCCAUCUUCCGCAGUACGAGCAAAUUAAAUUUUGAAAUAACUGUUACAUUAUUUAUAUUUUUCUUGAUUACUAAAAGUGGAAUGAUUGGUUUUUGAAGCCACUCACAAAAAAAUAAUAAACUACAAAGUUAAAAUGCCCGUUGAAACAUGUUUAUCAAGUUUAUUUGCAAUAAGAUUCGACUUUGGUGUGCCCCUAGAAGAUAUUUUCCAUCGAGAUGAUGUUCAUCCACGACUGAAGCACCUAUUCCAUACUGCAUUUGCGUCAUAUUCAGAGCAAAGAUCCGAUAUUGAAGAUGUCCUAAAAUAUGGACAAGGAACGGUGAAUGACUGCUUAAUGCUCAAGGAUACUCUUGUACUUGAUGAAAAAUAUGACUCGAAUCUUGAAGGGAAUCUUCCAGGCACUUAUUUUUGGUUGAUAAGACACUUUAUGGGUCUUUUGCCUUUGCCCUUAUUUCCAAAAUUUACGAAUGGUAUACAUUUUCAUUGGAAUUCAGUUGCUAACGAAUGUAAAAUGGCUUUUAAAACGUGUGACAACAGGGAAAGGAAUCGAUUAGACUAUGAUAUCGCUCAAUGUUUAGAUGCACUACCAAUACAGAAUGGUAUGCUAAUCAAUAUACUAAUGAAAUUUAUAAGAAAAAUAUGUAUGAGAACAGUCAGGGGACAUUAUAAAUUCAAUAAGAAUUCUUUGAUUACCCUCAGCAAAUAUUUUUGUGAGUCUUUGUUUGUAAGACCAUACAUACCUGGACACCUCCAAAAGAGUGAAUACCAAGUUUUGUUGCUUUAUUUGGUACUCAGAUGGCAUAAAAUUACUGAACACUGCUGUUCUAUUGAACCUCCAACUAAUUUAAAUGAAUUUGAAGUGAGUAACAAGAAAAGCGCUAUUAUUGAAACAGAUUCCAAUGUGAUAAACCCCAUUCCAUACUUUUGUAACACGGUUUCCCAAACUGAAACGGAUUUAAUAAGUAAAGAAAUCGAAAAAAAUAUUGAUAAUUCGAAGAAUGCCUACACACUAGCAUAUAUUGAGGAAGUACUAGAGGAAGAUUGUGAAUCACCCACAAAUGAUGGCGAUAAUACAUUAUAUCAAACAGCCUAUGAUAUUACUUUUAAUAAUAUUUUGGAAGAAGAGCAAAAAAAAGAAUGGAAAAAAGUUGUUGAAGAAACUAUGCAGAAGGUUAAAAAAGUUGAGGAGGCGUAUUUUUAUGACGAUUACGAAACUUUGAAAAAUGAAGAAUUCAACCACAUUCCUAGUGUUCAAUCAAAAGCAGAUUCAUUUUUGUCAAAGAUUCGUCGACAUAGCUUCAAAAAAUGCAGUACGCCAAAAGACAAAUCGCCUGAUAGCGAAAAUAGUUAUGUGAAAUAUCCUGACGUGUGUGAUAGUGAUAAUGGGUCACGAAAAAGUCUAAAUAGUGAGCAAAAACGAUGUAAUCUUGGUAUUGAUACUACAAUAUCUCAAAAACUUUUUGAAGCCAAUACUAGUCCUUGCAGUGAAGAGGAUGAAGAUAGCAAAAGAACCCUAAAAGAUAAAAAUCUGAAAAAUAUGUCUAGACAGCAAUUUUUCUUCAGAGGAAUAAGAUGGAGUCUACAACUUUUAAGAGCCUUAACACCAAGGAAGAGUACUUUCCGCUUAAUUGAAAGCAAUGUUAAGUAUCACAGAAUGAAAAGAGGCAGAUCUCAUACUAUUUAGUUGUGUUAUUUAUUUAUUUAUAUAAUAAUAUGUUUCAUUAUACAGAAUUUAAGUUUGAUUUUGAGAAUUUUCUAUUUAGUUUAAAAAUACAAUGUUGUUAUGUUUAUAUUUGAAUUAUUUGUAAUAAAUGAGAAGAAAUAUAAACAUCUAGUUUUCGUUUCUAAAUUCCUCCUUGGGUUUCACUAGAUAAUCUGACAGUUACCUACAAGGGUAUUAUACUGGUUGUAGUAAAAGACUGUCCAAUUUAAAAUAGAGCGAAAAUUGAUGAAUAUGUAUGUACUUGAAACAGUUGCAAAUCUUCGUUAUGGAGAUCAGGUUGAAUAUGUUUCCUUUAAACCCACACUCGUUCUUUGAGCCUGAGAAAAUAUCCUUGCUUUGGCCUAGUUGAAAUAUCCAUUCUCAAUUCUAAAUCGGGCACUUUUCCAUCUGCUUCGAUUUCAAAUCGUUGAAGCAAAUUACAAAUGAAUAUUUUCAAUGCAGUGUUUGCUAGAGUUUUGCC